UAAAGGGAUUCAUUAGUGUGCAGGAACCCACUGGCGAAACAUAUAGAGAUGCUUGUUGCUUUCUAAGCACUGCCAUACGCUUUAGAAGCUCUGCUGAAAAACUAGAGAGUAACCGGAGAAUCGGCUGCUAUUAUGGAUUUCCAUAUCAAGGUGAUUUUGGCCAUCGCUACAUGUGCUCUCUCUGUUGGUGCAGAUAUCACUACAUAUGUUCCACAACUGACCCUUAUGCCUAUUCAGGGCAGCGUGACAAGUACAACAUUUACACUGGACAAACCACAAUGUAUAUUUGGUAGCAGAACCAAUCAGGUUUGGCUGCUUGUUGCUAGAAGCAAUGUGUCAGUGUCUAUAACAAAUGCAAUGCUCAAGCCGCCCUCUAUGUAUUCAUCAUUCCCGACUCAAGGAUACUACCAUGUUCCCCUUGGCACCGAGGCUUCAUACCCCUGCUCUAACACAGCUGACUAUAUUAGAGUUGGAGAUACUGUCUAUUGCACAGAUAAUACAUAUUGCAAUGCACCCUUACCUGAUUCUGGACCUUACCGGGUGAAAUUUGUCGUGAUGAACAAUAAUGCUUUGGUCUCAUCGUCACUUUGGUCUGGUUUGAUAACUUUGCGGACAGGGAAGAAUCCAUCUACAAUUGAUACUUGGCCUGGGAGGAGAAGUGGGGGAAUGAUUGUUCUAACCAGCAUUCUCUCACUUCUUAUGGGAAUUUUGACACUCUGCCUAACUGCUGCUUUCUUUGUUGGAUGCAAGGGGAUGUCCCGCAAGAAAGGUACAAAGGAAAACUCUAUAAUCCAAGCAGAUCAGAAUACGAAGAAUUACAAAACACACUAUUCUUCAACCAUUCGUCACCAACCUGACCCACCAUCAAGUCCUGAACCCAAAAUUGUGUAGAUUCCUAAAAUACUCAUCUUAUCUGUCAAAAUACUAUAAACAGUAUGAUAUUUGCCUCAAAAGCCUCAUCACAUCGUAUUAUCAGUAAUAAUCCUAUGAACUGUAGCUACAAUAUUCCAGAAUGUCAGUAAUUCCACAACAGUGCUGCUCUGUACUCAGGGUAUUAGAGUGGUAUGUUUUUUUGUAGAUAUACCCAAUGUAGAACAUGUGGAUCAGUUAGGGAAUGGGACAUUUUGUAGACAUAUGAGUAUAUUUAGAAAGCAUUGCUGAGGUCAGGGGAUGUUAUAUUGAUUCACACACAGUAUUUUGGUUCACACACAGACUUUAGUCCCAUGUUCUCCCAAUGUUAAAGCUUUAACAUUAGAAGAUUAAUAGCUGGGAAUUUGAUGAAUUUAUAACAUCUCAAUCAGCAUCUGAAUUAUCUAUAGAAGAUGGAAUCAAACUUCCCAUAUCACAUUAACCAGGGUUCAAAGAUAUAUACUGUAGAAUAUGACUAUAUAGUAUAGACUGUCCAGUGCUGUACCGAUGUAAUUAGAUUAAAGUGAUUUUUGUUUGUUUUUUUGUGAGAAAACUAGUAGAAACAAAACA